AUGGUUCAAUUACAACCAAGAACACUUUAAUACGCUUUUUUAGAUUAAUAAUCAGGAUCAAAAUUUUUAGGGUUUAUUUAAAUAUCCUUAGAUUUAAUAUUAAAAUCAACCUUAAAUUAUAUCACAACAUCUGGAUAUUUAUGUAUUGAGCUUUUUUCAUUAUGUAAUAUGUUAGUAAGAGUAUUAUUUAGUUAUUACAAUUGUUUUUAGAAAAAAAAGCUUAAUUCAAACUUCAAAGAAUGUUUAGAAAAUUAUUUAGCAGAGUUUGAAAAUACUGUUAAAUCUAAUGUUACUCAAUGUUGGGAAUUUGGAAUAGAAUUUGAGCUUGAAAUAAUGAAUACUACUUUGGCUCACAUACCAACAAAAUUAGAGGGUCCUAACAAUUUAACUUUGGGAAUAAACUAAUCAAUUUUUAAAUUUGAAAUAAAUGAUGCACUUAUAUAAUCCAUUUUUGAAUAUGCCAAGGAGAUUUUAAAAAGAUUUGUAGGUAAAGUAAGAAACCCAAUAAAAAAGUAUGAAGUUUAUUGCACUUUUGAAAGUAUGAAAUGGAAUAUCAUUAUGUAAAUAACUCAGAGACUUAAAUUCAAAAUAUUAAAAUUGAAUUAUAAAAUCUUUACAUUUAAUUUAUAAAAAAUUCAUAAGAUUGGAUACUAUAUUAUUGUUGGAUUAAGAUGAUUUCUGAUUUUUUAACUUAUAGACCUAUUGUAGAUAUUAAUAUAUUAUUAUAAGAUAUAAGAAAUCCUUUUGAGAGAAGGAAAAAAUGGAAAGAUCUAAUCAAAAAUUAAUGUAUUGAACAACUACCAUACAAUAUCAACUUAGCUAAAUGUAUUUGUUUUCCCAACAAAUCAAAUGUUCUUUCAAGAAAUUUAUUUUUAAGAGAAUACUCAGAAAUUGGUUUAACAGAACUUUCAGAAUUUUAAUAAUAUUUGAUGAAAUUAAAUAAAUAACCAGAUUAAUAAUUUUGGUAGUUUUAUAUUAUUUAUAAUAAAGAAAAGGAAAAUUAAAAGGAUAAUGAAUUAAAUUAAAUAAACUAGUAAAUUUAACAUUUGUUCAACUUUAUUCCAAUAUUUUAAUAAUUCCUUGAUUAUUUAUAGAGUUUGCUUGAGAAAAAUCAAAGUAUCAUUUAAAAAAUGAAUAAAUUAAUCCAAAAUCUUAAAAAUGAAUAGAAUGAUGCUGACACUAACUAUAAAUCUGAAAUUUUAGAUUAAAACUCAAAAAUUCAGAUUAACACAAUCGAAAUGAUCUAUGUUAUCAAUGAAAUUAAUCUCCAUAUUAUUUUGAUGACUUACAAAUUAUCAUUUAUUACAAAUUCCCUUAUAAUGGAAAAUAUAUCAGUAUUUAGUGAUAUUGUUGAUAAUAUUAAAAAUUAAUAUUAAAUGUAAUUUUUGACUCUGCUGAAUUUAUUACCAAAAAAUCUAAUGGAAUUUUUUAAAACUAAAUUUAAUUGGCAAGAUGCACUAAAUAAUGAUUUCAAUAGAAAUUCUAUUUAGAAUCCUUUCGAUAAUAUUCCUAAUUAUCCCUUAGAACAAUUAAGAAUACUUUCAGAAAAUAUAUUAGAAAAAGUAACAGAAUAUAAAACAAUUAGAAAAUGAUGAUUGUCUUAAUUUUUUUAAGGGGGAAGAAAAUAUUAAUUUUAAGAAAAAAUAAAUUGAAAUAUUAAAAUAAUCCUGGUUAAAUUAAGAAAAGUUUAAUUUAUCUUAAAUAUAAUAUAAAUAAGUACUCUAAAUUCUAAAAGAGAAAGUAAUAAAUAAGAAAUCAUUUAAGAAAAAGCUUAUCUUACUUAUUCAAAUUUCAGCUCAAUACGAUAUGAUUCAAGUUGCUUCAAAUAUCAUUAGUGUUCUUGGUUUUAUAACUAAAGACUUAAGUAAUAUACAUUUAUCAGGAAUAAGAUUACAAAACACAAGUUUAAUAGGUAUUGAUUUUUCAAAUUCUGAUUUGAGUAAGUCAAUAUUUUAUAAUGUAAAUAUUAGUGAUUGUAAUUUUACUGGAUCAACAUUAAAUAAUGCUGAAUGGUAAAACAUCAUAAAUUAUAACAUUUAAAGAGAAAUCUAAAAUUGUCAUUCUUUGUUUUAAUUCUACUAAUAAAAACAAAUGGUUAUAUAUUCAACUGGUAAAAAGUUUAUGCAAUUGGGAUUAGAGAAUGGUUAAUAGCCAUUAGAAAUAUUUGAAUCUUAUUAAAAUUUGAAUUGCUAUGAUAUUUCUAAUGAUGGAUAGAAUAUAGCAUAUACAUUAGUAAAUAGUUGUGAAAUCUAAAUCUGGAAUAUUCCCGAAAAAAGGAACAUAAUGUCUUUGAAAGACCAUGUAAAUAAUGUAUACAUAUUGUCCUUUUCAAAAUAACAUCGCUUUUAGCUUCAGGAGGCAAUGAUAAUAAAAUAAUUAUUAGGAAUUUGUAAAAAGAAUCAAUCAUCACAGAAAUUGAUAUCAUAAGUAAAAAAUUAAAAAAUCUUGUUUUUUCUUAUAACAACGAUUAUAUUGCUUUACACUUUACAACAGAAUUCAUUCAAUUAAAUAGUGGAGACAAAUGGACACCUUUAAAGGGUGUUAAUAAUCUAUAAGAGAAAAUAACUGUAUUUGCAUUUUCUUUUGACUAAAUGAUGGCUUCAGUAUCAUCAACAGAUAAUAAAUCUUAAAUUAUUUGGUUAUUCAAUUUAAAAUAAAAAGAGAAAGAAAGAAAACUUAAAGGACAUCGAGAUAAGAUCAAUUACUUGCUUUUUCUAUCAGAUAAAAGAUCUUUAAUUUCUGGUGGGGAUGAUUUUUUCAUCAUGCUAUGGAAUUAUCAAACUGGUGAAUUAAAAGGAAGAGUUUAAAAAUAUACACACAAGAUUCAAUUCCUGAAUAUAUCGAAGAAUAAUAGAAUUUUGGGAUACUACAAUCAAAAAAAAUCAAUAUCAUUUAUCGAUCUUGAUGCAUUUCAAUCUGUCCAUUAAUUAAAGCAUCCUUCGAAAGAAAUAAGUUAGAUUCUUUUUUCGAAAGAUGGCUUAAUAUUAGUAUCUUGUAAUUAAAGCAAAAAUAUUACAUUAUGGGAUAUGAAAGGAGGAAAAUAAAUGAGGAAAAUAAAAGAGAAGCAUGAUAAUAAUGUGAUAUAAAUAGCUUUUACUCAAAAUGGAAAAUUUUUAGCUUAUGCAGUUAAAAAGGAGAUAAUACUAUUGAAAAAAUUUUAAGAUGAUGCUUCAAGAGAAAAUGGAUGGGAAACUAAAGAAACAAUUAAAAAGAUAAAAUUUUCGAAAGAUGAAAAAUAUCUUGCAUAUUUAUGUGAGGAAGAUGACUCAGAAAUAACCCUUAUUCCUUAAGAAGGAAAUUUAGAUAAGAAAAAUUUUUAAAAUAAAAAUAACCAAUAAAAAAUAAAAAUUCUAGAUUUCUGUUUUGCAUAUGAUUCUUAGAUUUUAAAUAUGCUGAAAAAUCUAUUUUUAGUUGGAAUUAUAUGGAUGAAAGAUAAAAACCUUCAUUUGAAUUAGAUUCAGUAAUUAAAUGUUUUUCAUUUUCUACAUUUGGUCGUUAUUUUGCUUAUUUAGAUGAUACUAAUUAUAUAAAGUAUUAUGAUUUAUCAACUAAGAAUAAAGAAUAAAUAAAUUAAAAAUUCCUUGAUGUAAAUUGUAUUGCUUUUUCUACACAUGAAGAUGUCUCACAUUUAGCAAUAGGAAUGA